UCCCUUCAUCAUGAAGAGGUUUGUUUAAUCUAAUUUAACUAUUUAAGUACUUCUCAUGGCAGGGUGUUGAUUAUUUGAACUGUGAUAGCUGUUACCAUGAUGGAUCAAAGCCUCAAUAUAGGUACCUUUUCUCCGAAAAUGAGUUCUUGCUGCGUAUGUUUCAAGUAUGAACAAAACGGGAAGUCAAACAAGUGAAGUUCAUUGGGAUAUCUAAAACAUUUUAAAUUCAUUUUUAAAGAAAUGGGUUUGACUGAAUUGUUCCAUUUCAAUCAGCAAAUGUCACAUUAUCAUGCAUAUCCAUCACGUCUUGCAGGUAUGCAAGGAUGAGUUCUACAUUACGAAAGGUUGGCCGACCCAUUUUGUACUCUAUACGAAAGCAUGGCAAGUCAUGUUCUACAAAAAGUUAUACCCUUCGACACUAAUAGCUCAUUCAUUAGUGGUAUCUCUUUAAUGCUUCCUAUUUCAAUGUAUGGAGCACACGUAUGUGUUUUUUAUGCUUUCUCACCACUAGAUGAAUGCGAUAGAAGACUCGGGGGCUCUAUGAUUGGAAGGAAGAGUCGGAAUGUGGAAGCAACCAUGAUACAGUGUCACUGUUUAAACAACAAGUAUAUGGAGGACUCCACAUCUCAAAAGCAUUGCAUCUGCAAAUGGAUGUUCAAAUUAAAGAGUUUACAUGAGCAUUUGGAGAAAUUUAAGAUUUCUUUAACAAACGGGACAUGGAAAGGCCAAAGGAACCAGGAUUAAGAGCUUUACGGACAAUAAGAGAACUUAAAGAGGGCAUGGUUAGUUAUGGUUUUACUUUGAAAACAUUGUUCUUAAUUGGCGAUGGUGCUUUUUUUAUUUUAUUUUUUAUGGUAGUGUUUUUUCUUUUCUUCUCUCUCUCUCUCUCUCUCUCUCU